AUGGAGGCAAAUAACUCUCAGAUUGAUGGUGAAUCACCAGAGUACAAGAUCAAUGAUCGGAGUGUUUUCGUUCAGGUUUUGGUGGCACUUUUCCUUUUUAUCAACUUCAUACUUUUCUCAACUUUUUUAAUGAAGGCUCACUUCUACACAACCAUGCGAUAUAUAUUAUUUGCUAUUACACUAUUGUCUGAUUGUGCGUUUUUAGUCAUAUCUAAUACCCUGAUAAUUUUAGCAAAUUUUCGAUAUGCCAUUCAAAUGUGGCCGUGCCUUAUUUUAUUCAUCAUGUUGUCUGUGUACAGUUUUGUCACACCAGUUACUCUGACAGCAAUGACCCUGGAGCGCUACGUGGCCAUUUGCAUGCCCCUCCGACAUGCAGAGCUGUGCUCCACACGCAGCGCUCUGUACUGCAUCCCCAUCGUUCACGGCCUCGGCUCUGUACCCUGCAUUAUUAUUCUGUCCAUGUUCUUUUCAACUGCCACCCUCAGCGUUUUCAGACAAAACAACAUCUGCACUUCAGAUGUUUUCACCCAUCAAAACUGGCAGAGUCAUUUUAGGUCAGCUGUCUUUCAGUUUUACUUCUUGAUCAUGUUCAUUAUUACUGUAUUCUGUUAUGUUAAAAUAAUGAAAGUGGCCAAAGCGGCAUCAGGUGAGAAUAAAAAGUCCACAUGGAAAGGACUCAGAACUGUAAUUCUUCAUGCUUUCCAGCUGCUGCUGUGUAUCACACAGUUUUGGUGCCCGUUCAUAGAAGCAGCUGUACUUAAAAUUGAUUACAUGUUAUAUGCUAAUAUCAGGUUCUUCAAUUUCAUCAUAUUUAAUCUUAUUCCAAGAUGUUUGAGCCCUCUGAUUUAUGGCCUCAGGGAUGACAAGUUUUUUCUUGCACUGAAACACCUUAUUUCCUGUGGCUUUGUCAAGAAUCCUCAGAUUUGA